UGUCACGUGUAUGAAUAUUUGGACCACUUGGAUGCAAGAUGUAUGCCAUUCAAUACAUGGAAUGAGUGUAAAGUAUAUACAGACCUUCAUGGCAGUGGAUGUUCUUGUACAUCCAAGAAGUGUGCAGAAUCUGUAGUGAAAGACUACGUUAACCAUUUUUCUAUGACAACACUAGGACAAUACAAUACAGCAACUACAAUCAGUUCUACAAGAUUUUCGACAAAAUCUCCAACAACGAUAUCUCCCAAGACAGGACUUCAUUGUUUCAAGACAACAUGUGCUGUAAAUGAGGUAUGCAGAGUAUACCUAGAUAACGAAAAUUCAUAUGCAGGAUAUUGUAUCUUGAAAAAUGUAGACGAUUUGCUGAUUUGUAAAAGUAGUACCUUGACGAUUUCGACAGAAUGUGAUUGUGCUUUACAGAGUUGUAUUGAUAGUUUUACUGUAUUAAAAUCAACAAAUACUCACCCAACAACUACCAUACAGACACUAUCUUCACAAGAACCACUUAUCAUUACACAUGUACCUUCUUCUGACUUACCUACAACGACGAUAUCUGAAUCAUCGCCAACACAACCACUCAUUUGUUAUGAUAAACCAGACGUGGAUUGUUUAUUGCUUAAUACAACAAAUAUUUGUGCCAAUCCGUAUUCACAUCAAAUUUGUGCCAAAUUUUGUGGUCACUGUACUCGAGUUAUUGAGUCUGCAUUUGGAUAAUUUCUGAAAUUCCGCUAUUAAAAUAAAUGUAAUUGAAUGUU